AUGGAGAGAAUUGUCAACCGGCGCCUGCACUCCAUUUUAGAAAAACAACAACUCCUUGAUCCCCGGCAGUAUGCCUUCCGGGCCGGAAAGUCAACAGACGACUAUUUCGAUUAUUUAGAAAUUCUCUUUGAUACCCAUUUGAACCAACACCACCACAUCGAAUGUCUUUCCCUAGACCUUUCCAAGGCCUUUGAUCGUGUUGAUCGCAUUGCCAUUAUCAACCAACUGGUCAAAUGGAACAUAGGUGGUCGCCUGUUACACUACAUCAACAACUUCCUCACGAACAGACGUAUCCAAGUACUCACUAACGGCGUACGCUCUCAAAUGAAACCCAUCCAUGGCGGGGUCCCCCAAGGCUCCGUCAUCGCCCCCACCCUGUUCCUCAUUGCAAUAAACACCCUCUUCCAAAUAAUUCCCAACAACAUAACCACCCUAACCUACGCCGACGAUAUACUCCUCAUUUCCACUUCCCCUUUCCCCAUCCUAGCCCGCAGAAGACUUCAAUCUGCCGUCCACCUAGUUGAAGAUUGGGCUCCUACUGUUGGCUUUCAAUUCUCCCCAGCGAAAUCAAAACUACUACAUCUCGGUCCUAAUCGAAGAAAACUUCGAAAACUCCCCCCUCUCACCAUGCUGAGUCAAACCAUCCCUCUUGUACACUCCUUUCGUCUACUAGGAGUCUGGGUAGAUGACCGGCUCAAUUUUAGAUGUCAUCUCAACAAGAUGAGAAAAAACUCCACCAACAAAAUUAACAUCCCCAAAAUACUAACCAACAAAACCAGUUCCGCACAUCGCGACUCCCUUUUCCGUUUCCUGCAUGGUUGGCUGAUCCCCUCCAUUCUGUACGGCCUUGGAUUUAUCAGCCGAGAACUGGAAGAAGUGUGUUUAAGACUUGAGCCAAUAUACAAUGAGUGUGUACGCCUUAUCAGCUCAGCCUUCCGGACCAGUCCCAUACCCUCCCUAAUGGCCGAAAGUGACCAACUACCCUUCCAGUAUCUCAUAGCCAAACACCUGUCAUCGAAGGCCUUACGCACCAUGUACAACAGUCGAUCCAACAACUCACUAAAGGUUAAAAGAACCAAUGAUCUGCUAAUUAAACUAACCGGUGACCCUCUCCCUAACAUCUGUCCGAGACUUGGACCCAAUAUCCGACACUGGAAUGAUUCCAUUCCCAAAGUUGACCUCACCCUCAAGCAACAAAUCAAAGCGGGAAAUCCCCCAGCAAUAGUCCUCCCCAAUUUUCUCCAACUCAUCCAAAAUAAAUAUCUUGCCCUACCUCACAUAUACACCGACGGGUCCAAAGACAACAACGGCAACAUUGGUUGUGGCAUACACGAUGGUGUCAACAACAGGAGCCACGGCCUACCUAAGAUGUGCACUGUCUUCAGUGCAGAAGCCUAUGCUUUACUUGAUGCAGUUGAACGAUCAAGCCCCCACUCCAUCAUCUUUUCCGACUCAGCUAGUGUGUUAACAGCUAUAGCUGCUGGAAACCUUCAACAUACAUGGGUAUAUUCUAUCUCCGAAAUUGCCCCUAGCAAAAAUAUCACCCUCUGUUGGGUACCUGGACACUGCGGGAUCGCAGGCAAUGAAGCAGCCGACCGCCUGGCUUCUGCUGGUACCAGUUUACCACCAACAAUCAACUCCAUCCCCCAGUCCGACGCCAUGCUCCAUCUGAAAAACCGAAUCUGCCAUUCAUGGGGCAGCAAUUGGACUGCCACCCUAUCAAGCAAGCUCCGAGAGGUGAAAAACACCACCGAAAAAUGGCAAGACAGACCCAAUAUUAUCGAGAGAAGAGCCCUCACCAGACUUCGAAUCGGGCAUACCCGACUCACACAAGCCUACCUUAUCACCAAAGAAGAUCCUCCCAACUGCCCAUCCUGUCAAGUACCAAUAACAGUUAAACAUAUCCUCACCUCCUGCCUUCAAUAUCAACCCCAUAGACUUUCCUGUUCUCUCGCAACCUCCUUACGCCAAAUCGUUUCCUGCUGUCCCGAAGAAGAGAAAAAACUCAUAAGUUUCCUAAAAAAGUCCAAACUCCUUAACCAAAUAUAA